GGGUUUCACGUAGCAUACGUGGUGUUCAGGAAACCAGCUGGUGUCCAGGCAGCCAAGGCCCUGUCACGGGAAGGUCCCUUGCUGAUAUCAACAGAGAGUCACCCUGUGAAAACCGGCGUUAGCAAGUGGAUCGAGAGCUAUGCGGCCUCAGUCGUGGAUCCGGAGGAGCUCAAGGCCGAGGUGGACGCCUACAUGCAGGACUAUGACAAAAAGAUGGCAGAGGAAGAAGCCAAAGCGGCCAAGGAGGAGGGCGUUCCGGAUGAGGAGGGCUGGGUGAAGGUAACGCGGAAGGGCCGGAAGCCCGGCCUGCCCCGGACAGAGGCUGCCAACCUGCGGGUGCUGGAGAGGGAGAAGCGCAAAAGGGCCCGCAAGGAGCUGCUCAACUUCUAUGCCUGGCAGCAUCGUGAGAGCAAGAGAGAGCACAUCGCCCAGCUGAGGAAGAAGUUUGAGGAGGACAAGCAGAGAAUCGCGCUGUUGCGAGCCCAGCGCAAGUUUCGGCCGUACUAA